AUGUUUGAAGAAGACCCUUUCGACGAUGACUACUUUUGCGAUGGAAAUGUGGUACCGUGGUGCCAAAAUGAUACCAACCACCAGCAGGUCACUAUGUCAAUGACUGAUGCAUUCAAGCCAAAACACCUGGAUCCGAAAGACCUUUUCGACGUCAAGACGGUCUUGCAGACGGAUGUUUUAUUGUGCGAUGGGUGGUCAGAUUACGAAACAGAUGCGAUCAGCCUAGAUGAGCCGGUCGAAAGCCACAAGCAGAGAAACACUGGGAUGUUUCCCAUUCUGCACCUCCCUUUAGAGAUACGACUGGAGAUAUACGGCUGGGUUUAUCGAGAGCACCCAGUGAAGCAAACACAACUGAUGCCGUCGUAUCCUGUACCUAGGUACGACAGCUACUUCUUGAAAGUUGUCCGUCCAGAACCGACGGCUAGCGAGGAAUAUUGCGGUGGAGUUGAUGUAGAGCCGAAGGAGCAUAUCAUUAGCACCGAGGUCAGCCAGGGGGCGGUGGUACCUUUGCUGUCUCCGCAUCGCCCCUUUGCGGGUGUUCCAUCGGCGCUCCUGAGGGCAAACAAGCAGAUCUACCACGAGAUCCGCGAGCUGCCCUUGGCAACCAACGAGUUCGUGUUUGUCAACUGGUUCACCUCGGGUCUCUGGGCAGCCCGGUCCUUCAUCAAAGGCCUGCGGCCGUGGCAGCGGGACGCCAUGCGGUAUGCCAGGCUGGAAUUGCUCGCCCGGGAUCUCUCUGCCUCCUAUGCAGUAGAGUGGCAGGAGUUAUGCGCGUUCUGGGCCAGGGGGCUGCACGGCCUCAGGCUGAAGAUCCUGGGCAGCAACAGCGGUGGCGGCGAUUCCUCUAAACAACGGUCCACGAUACCCGGGAAAGUCACGGUGGUCCCGGAGGCCAGAGAUGGCGAUGGCGAGCUACAGCCGUGGGUGCAGGACGGGUUGCGGUCUAUGAGCAAGCUGCGGCGCCUGGAGGUUGAGCUGGUGGCACCGGACUGGGAUAAUGCGCGGAAGAUCGCGUGGUGCGCCGGCCUGGAGGAAGCUCUAAAUGAGAACCCGGAAGCAGCGGCACGGAUCAGGGUCAUUUGUGUUGAGCGAGAUGCGACUAAGCAAGCGUGA